GAUAUGCACCCUUCGGGGGGACAAGAGAGGACUUCAGAGACCAUCAAUACCCUUACUAAGAGCCAAGAAAAAUUGAGCCAACGAUUCCAACUGCUGGCAGAACUGACGACAGCGCAAGAUGACCUGCCUUCAGGGUAUGGGCGACGCCUGCAAGAUCACGUUCACGGCCUUUGGUGUCUAGAGGGCCUCACGCAGGACCUCGACGUCCGUGUGGAGAAGGCAAGGCGUCGUUUUCUGCAUCUGUCUCUUCGUUCGUCUGAUUCCUUCCUCUUGUCUUUUUCUUUGUGUUGGUUUAUAGGUAUACGGUAUAUAUAAUCAAACAGAUACAAUUAGAGAAACAAACAGGCACAUGUACAUUACAAUACAUGCAUGUUAAUAGCUACUUUCUUUUUUUCUAGGGAAAUGUUUAUUGAUCAGAUCAGCAUUAUGAGGACAGAUCUGAAAACCAGGCAAUGUUCAUAUAUAAACAUUUACAGCAAUCUUCAUAUGGUUUGCAUCUUUGUCGGUUUAAAAACUAGCAAUAGUAUCGUUGUACGUAUUUUUUGUUCUUUGGAAAUAAAUCAAAACAAAUGGCGAAGGAGAGAAAUCUGUGAACGAUAUGCAAAUAUCUCGUUUAAUCCUUUUGGGGGGCUGUCAAGGUUCGAUUGUGACGUGGAUCAGAUCGGCCAGGUUGACAGUGAAACACCAGAGGAAACAUACUGGAGGAAUAAAUUCAAAGCUAUUUACGCUAUACACAACACAGAGGUGGCAGGUGCAGGCAAGGUCACAUGGCGAGCGAGGUCGUCGUGUCUGAUCACGGGAGUACUGGAGAAC